UAAAAUUUUAAAAAAAUAAUUAUGAAAUGAGAAUUGGACUAUAUAAUUGGCGGUUGUCCAAAUAACUACUCUCUUUUUUUACAAUCCACGGCGACGGAGGGAGCCGAGUCACCCGCCUCCGUUCUUCAUCCCUCCUCUCUUCUUCUUCUUCUUCAACACUCAAAUCUGUAAAUGCGAAACGUUUCAUUUCCAUUCUAACUUAUCAUUAUCACUUUGAAUGAACUUUCUCUUGACCGUAAUCACCACCAGCAUCAGCAGUACUGGUUUAUCUGAAGUUUCUUUUACAAGAACGUUUUCUCAACUUCUUCUCGAAAUUGCCUCUCACUCUUAUCGGCUCCGAUUGCGAUUUUCUCUUCCAAAUACGGGGCUUUGGAGAUAGUAGGAGUUUGAGAUGGGGAACACAAUGGGAGGGGUUUGUUCUAAUGGAAUAGUUAAGGAUGAUUUUGUAUCUGAGAAGGUAACUCAAGCAUCUGAGGAUCGGAAAGGGAAUUCGCAUUUGAAUUUUGAGGCAAGUGAUCCGAAUGAAAUGCCGGAGAAGUCUGGUUCUGGUGUGAUACUAUUGCCCUCACCUCCGUCUAAGGCUGGAAGCAAUAAGGUUGCACCAAUGAACGCACAAGCAGGGGCUCGCGGGAGGGCAGUUGAUUUAUGGAAAACGAUUGGGAUCAGUGUUUCAAAUUUGCAUAUCAACAAUGGGUUUUUUACAGCCAUGACGCCUAGUGGUAGGGAGAUUUCUAUAUUGGCUUUUGAAGUAGCAAACACAAUAAGCAAAGUAGCAAAUUUGUCAAAAUCUCUCUCAGAAGAAAAUAUGCAGCUCCUUAAAAAGGAACUAUUACAAUCAGAAGGGAUAAAACAAUUGAUCUCACCAAGUUUAGAGGAAUUGCUUAGCAUUGCAGCUGCUGACAAAAGGUGUUGUAGUCGUGCAAUGUUGUCCAGCCUAUCAAAAACCAACCUUGUAGUCCUAAAUUUUUAUUCUUGCAGGCAGGAAUUUGGGGUCAUCUUACGAGAAGUAAUACGAUUUGGAAAUCAGUGCAAGGAUUCACGGUGGCAUAAUCUGGAUCAGUACUUUUCAAGACUAGAUUCGAAUGAUUCAAGUCAAAAACAAGCUCGAGAGGCCAGAGCAGCCGUGCAGGAACUAACCGUCUUAGCUCAGAAUACUUCUGAAUUAUACCACGAAUUACAAGCAUUGGAAAGACUUGAGCAAGAUUAUAGACGGAGAGUUGAGGAAGUGGAGUUGUUGAACCAAGCAGGAAUAGGGGAAACUCUCUCAAUCUUCCAAGGAGAACUGAACGUACAAAGAAGACUUGUAAGGAGUUUCCAAAGCAAGUGCCUCUGGUCCAGAAAUCUGGAUGAGAUUGUGGAAAAGCUCGUUAUUGUUGUAACAUGGAUAAACCAAACAAUAGUCAAAGAAUUCGGAGUUGACAACACAGAUAAAACAUUGCUUAUCAAGGACAGAAGUAAUGGCCAGAAACUGGGCGCCGUUGGUCUUGCCUUGCAUUAUGCAAACAUAAUUAGCCAGAUAAAUCUCAUUGCGUUACGUCCAACCUCCAUUCCUUCAAACAUGAGGGAUGCACUAUACCGGGCAUUGCCUACAAGCAUUAAAAUAGCUCUGCGUUCACGAUUGCGGGCUGUGGAUGCAAGAGAGGAGCCAACUUAUUAUGACGUCAAAGCUGAAAUGGAUAAGAUCCUUGAAUGGCUUGUUCCGAUUGCUGCAAACACGAGCAAAGCGCAUCAAUCUUGUGGCAGAAUUGGAGAAUGGGCAACCCAAAGUAAGGAACUCAGCAAAGGCAGAGCUACACAAAGCAACAAUCCAAACCGCCUCCAAACGCUCUACCAUGCAGACAAAGUAAAAACAGAGAAACAAAUCCUUGAAUUGGUCAUAUUGCUUCACCAUCUCAUCCAUCAAGCCAAACACCAACAACGGCGCUCCUCAUCUCUCCGUUGCCGAUCACCAACUCCCAAGGACAUGGCAAAUAGUUCUCGUCGUAUCCAAUUCAAGAGCCAAAUUAUCAGGACCACCAAGGAUGGAUUUCCGACAGACAACAUACCACCGGCCAGCCAAUCUCCGAUCAGAAAAAGGGUGCUGGGUAACAAAAAAGGUAUGGAAUCUUACAAAAAUGAGAAUAAAGGAAUUUGGACGUUAAGUAAAGCGGUUUCGGUUUCAACCUUGAGGACUAUUGGUAGAGUCUAGAUUUUGAGUUCAAGAAGGAUGAAGCUUGGAAUUGGUUUAAUGUCGAUAAAAACAAUUUUGAGUACCUCACACGUUUAUACCCACAAUGAAAAUAAGUACAGGGAUUUUUUUAAAAAGUUUUUGACCGUGUCUUCCUUUACGUAGAUACUUUUUUGGGUGA